CGGUGACCGAGGCACACUGGCACGCGGUGCUUCUCCCUUUAGAGGUUUCGAACUUAAGCCCGGGAACCGAAGUACUGCCAAGCAGUGUGCUACCAGACACCGCAGGGUACUUGUUGCGUAGGGGCAGGCAGGAUUGGGAGGGAGGCCGACCCCUGUCGUGCGUCUGCUGGAGUAGGUGGCGCGGGGCUCCGGGUGCUGGGCGCGGGGCAGUAACGGUUGCUCUUCGAAGUUCUUCAGAAUCCGGUUGGUCUGUUUAACCCGCCCGCCGGAGGUGUGUGGUGAGAAGCAGGUUUCGCGGGUCUACAGCCUACCAACCCGAGUUCAGGAAGAGAAAUCUCGAGGAUUUUCAAAAUGUCUGUCAAAAAAAUGCUCAUUGAGAAUCUUCUUCAAGAAGAGCCUUGUGCUCAAAAUAAGAUCACCAUUAUUGGGUGUGGUGCAGUUGGCAUGGCAUGUGCCAUCAGUAUCUUAAUCAAGGGCUUAACUGAUGAACUCGCUCUUAUUGAUGUCAUGGAAGACAAACUGAAAGGAGAAAUGAUGGAUCUCCAACAUGGCAGCCUUUUUCUUAGUACUCCAAAGAUUACCUCUAGCAAAGACUCCAAAAUAUCAGCCAACUCCCAGAUAGUAGUUGUCACUGCAGGUGCACGCCAACAGGAGGGAGAAAGUCGCCUGAACUUGGUCCAGCGUAAUGUGGACAUCCUGAAAGCAAUUAUUCCUGAUGUCAUAAAGCACAGUCCUGACUGCAAACUGCUUGUUGUUUCUAAUCCAGUUGACAUUCUGACAUAUGUUGCCUGGAAACUGAGUGGCUUACCCAAACACCGUAUUAUUGGCAGUGGGACUAAUCUGGACUCUGCCCGUUUCCGUUUCCUAAUUGGAAAUAAGUUGGAUGUCAAUCCAACAAGCUGUCAUGGUUGGAUCAUUGGGGAACAUGGCGAUUCUAGUGUUGCUGUGUGGAGUGGAGUGAAUGUUGCUGGUAUUCCCUUGAAGAAUCUAAAUCCCAGUUUAGGAACUGAUGAAGACAAGGAUCAAUGGAAAGUUAUUCAUAAACAGGUGGUUGACAGUGCUUAUGAGGUUAUCAAGCUGAAGGGUUAUACUUCAUGGGCUAUUGGCCUGUCUGUGGCUGACUUAGUAAGAACUAUUAUGAUGAAUCUUAGAAGAGUGCAUCCAGUUUCCACCAUGAUCAAGGGCCUCUAUGGAAUAACUGAAGAAGUCUUCCUUAGUGUCCCUUGUAUCUUGGGGCACAGUGGGGUGACAGAUCUAGUGAAGCUGACUCUGAAUCCUGAGGAGGAGGAACAUUUAAAGAAGAGUGCACAUACCCUCUGGGAUGUCCAGAAAGACCUGAAAUUCUAAAGCUUUGUAAUGUGCCCCCAGCAGACAGUAUGAAAAGAGUUAAAGGAUUGUGUAUGAUGUGCUAUUCAGAUAGAUUAAAUAUUUCAUAUGAUCUGUGGUUAAGCACCAAGAGUAAAAUAGAAUUGUCAAACCAUAAGCAAAUUAUUAUCUCUUCAUGUCAGAAAUGGAAAAUGGUCAAAAAGACUCCUGUUUUUUCCCCCUCCGAUUUGAUAAAACCUGUUUUGUGUAUCGA